AUGGAAGACGGCGGCGACGUGGAAGACGAGGGCCGCGGUGUAGACGUCGCCGGCGUAGGUCGACGCGGGACGGAUCCGCGGCGACGUUCAGAUGCGGCGUUGGAUGGGGUUCAGUCGGCGGCGAUCGCACACCUUAACAUCAACGGUUGGGAGAUGAUGAUUUCUAUUGGCUUUUUGUCUGCAAUAGGAGUACGCGUUGCAAAUGAGCUCGGAGCUGGAAGUGCAAGAAGGGCCAAGUUCGCCAUCAUAAAUGUCGUCAUCACUUCUUUCUCAAUAGGCUUUGUGUUCUUCAUAUUUUUUCUUUUCUUCCGAGGAAAGCUUUCCUACAUAUUUACCACCAGUGAAGAGGUAGCUGCCGCAGUUGCUAGCCUGUCGCCUCUUCUUGCCUUCUCCAUCUUGUUGAACAGUGUUCAACCAGUGCUAUCAGGUGUUGCUAUCGGUGCGGGUUGGCAGAGUAUAGUUGCCUAUGUUAACAUCACAACAUAUUACUUGAUUGGUAUUCCUGUUGGGGCAAUCCUUGGUUAUGUUUUUGGAUAUCAUGUGAAGGGCGUUUGGGUUGGCAUGCUGCUCGGAACACUGAUCCAAACAAUUGUACUUGUGUUCAUAACAAUUAGGACCGACUGGGAUAAAUAG